UUUUAAAUAAUGCUCACAAAAUAAGUAGCUUUUAAAAGAUCUGAAUCACUCUCAAAAGUUGAUUAUAGAAUAUAUGUUGAAUUAUUAAAAGGAAAGUCCUAUCGAGGAGUGAUAUUCAUUUCUGUAGAGAUUCACAAGAUUGAAGGAUUAUUAUUAGACUGGUAAGGAGGUAAAUUAGAUGGAAUAACUGUUAAUGAUAAAAUAGUAGAAUGGAAAUUAGAGGAUGGAUUUAUUAGUUUUGUUGGAUAAGAUAAUUUAGUAGGUUAAACUCAGAUAAGAAGUAUAAUUUAUAGAUAAAUAUAAAAUAGUAAAUUUUGAGAAUGAAUAUUCUACAACAGGUUAUGGAUUACAUUCAUUUAUAGAUUCAGAUGAUCAAUAAUAUGUUUAUUCUUAAUGCGAACCAUAUCAUUUUUCAAAGAUUUUUCCAUGCUUUGAUUAACCAGAUUUAAAAGGUUUAAAUAUUAAUUUAAAAUAUUAGGAACUUUAAAAUUGAUUGUUUAAGCUCCUAAAUAAUGGAAGAUAAUUAGUAAUGAGAAGAGGAUGGUAAAUGAGAUACAAAAUGAAGAAUUGGGUAAAGUCUAAGAAUUAGGUUAUCUUAAUUAAAAAGAUGAAUAUUAUAUAGAAGAAUUUGAAACCACAAAGAAAUUAUCUACUUAUCUUUAUGCAAUAGUUGCAGGACCAUAUGAAGAAAUUAAAUGUGAAAAUUUACAUAGUGGGAUAGAAAUGAGUUUAUUUUGUAGAGUUUCUUUGAAAUAAUAUUUAUAAGGAGAUAGUGAUGAUAUUUUUAAACUUAUUAAGGAUGGUAUAAGAUAUUAUGAAUAAUUAUUUUAAUUUCCUUAUCCAUUUAGCAAAUAUGAUUAAAUAUUUUGUCCAGAAUAUGCAACAGGAGCUAUGGAAAAUGCAGGUGCUGUUACUAUUAAUGAUAAUUAAAUAUUUAAAGAAGAAGUUUCAGUAGAUUAAAUUGCAGAAAGAGGAAAUACUUUAUUACACGAAUUAUCACAUAUGUGGUUUGGUGAUUUAGUUACUAUGAAAUGGUGGGAUGAUUUAUGGUUGAAUGAAAGUUUUGCUGAAUUCAUAUCUCAUCUAUGUUAAACUAAAGUUCAUUAAAUUCCAAUUGAUCAUUGGGUUUAAUUUUAAAAAAGAAAAAUAUGGGGAUAUAUAACAGAUUAAAGAAAUACAACUCAUCCAAUAUUUUGUGAUGUUUAAAAUACAGAUUAAGCAGAUAAUAUUUUUGAUGGAAUUACAUAUGCUAAAGGUGCAGCUUUAUUAAAAUAGUUAUUUACUAUGAUGGGAGAACAAAAAUUCAGUUAAGCUAUGGGUUAAUAUUUUAAUAAAUAUCAAUAUUCUAAUACUACACUUUCUGAUUUCUUUGGAAUUAUGAAAUAACAAUUUGAAGGUGAUUAUUUACUAUAAUGGGAAUAAGAUUGGAUUAUGAAAGCUGGUUUAAAUUUAGUUGAACUUGUCUCUGUUGAUUAAAAUAAAUAUACAUUUUAAUAAACAGCAACUUUAAAAGAUUUACAUCCUACUUUAAGAAAUUAAAUGUUUAAAAUUGGAUUAUAUGAGUAAGAUGGAAAAGAAUUAGAAGUCAAACUUAUAUCAUUAAAUCCUACUGAAUAUACUGUUUUAGAAUUUGAACAUCAAAAUGCUUUUGUACUUUUAAAUUUUGAUGAUGGUUCAUUUCUCAAGACUUCUUAUUCAUAAUAAUAAAUAGAUUUCUUUUUAAAGAAUCUCUCUAAUUUAUCUACAAUUAAUAGAGUUCUUGUUUUAAGAUCUAUUUGGGAUUAAGUUAGAGAUGGACUCACUAGUUUUACUACUUUCAUUAAUGGAAUCUUGAAAUCAUUACUUAAUGAAACUGAUGAUACUGUUUUAUAAAUGGUUUUAGGAUGGUGUACUGGUGGUGUUUCAUUUUAUUGUCCUAUCAAAUAUAGAUAAACAUUUGAAAAUGAAUUAGCUGAUGUUAUUAUUGAUUUAUUAAGAAAAUGUCCAAAAGAAAAUAAAAAUAGAAGAUUGAUUUUAUUAGAUUAUUUAGUAGUAUGGGGUACAUCUCAAUCUAAUCUUUAAUUAUUAUUGUAACAUAUUAAAUCAGAUAAUGAAGAAUUUGGAUUCAUUGGUUUAUCAAAUGGAUGGACAAUUAUUAGAAAUAUCUUUGCUUAACUUAAUAUACCUAUUGAAGAAAAGUGGAAUCUUUAUUAAAAAUGGGCUGAAAAGGAUGGAACAGAUGAAGUUAGACUUUAAAAACGAUUCUUAGAAAGUCUCUUCAAUUUUGAUAAACUUUGGGAUUACUUUCUGAAUUAUAAUAAAGAAGAAAGUAUUCCUAUGAUCAAAGAAGUUAUGAAAGCUUUUAAUCAUUAAAUUCAUCUACAAUAAUUGCUUGAUUAUGAAUCCAAAUAUUUUGAAGCUUUACCAACAAUCUUUUCUACUAAAAGUUCAGAAUAUGCAAAAGAAUUCUAUCAUUAUCUUUAUCCUAUUAAUGAUAACAUUAAUGAUUACAUUGAACUUUGUGAAAAAACCUUGUUAAAAUCAUAAAAUGACAUCUUAACUAAGUUCUUAAAAGAAUCAAUUGAUGCCGAUUAGAGAAGAUAAAAAACAUAUAAGUUCUUUUUUGAUCCAUAAUGAGAUUAUUGAAC